AUGGCACAGAAAUCACUUAGUACACGGUUCUUUAGCAAGAAAGCUGGAAACCCAUUUGCCCUAUCAUUGGCAUGGGUGUUUAUCAUACAAGGUAUCCAUACAUUAAGCUACUUACAGGGUAUGCCACUUCCGCCAUAUCUCCUUAAAGGGGGUCAUCAUCAAUUUCUCACCAACAUAAGUUAUGUGAUCACAUGGGUCUACUUUAUAAGUAGUGCACUUUAUCAUUUAGUUGGCGGUAAUUCCUUAGGUCAUAUUAAGGAGUACUUAAGCGCAAUUGCCUUAUCCGCUGAGUUUAUUGUUGUUUCAGUUUAUUGGUCUAUGAGACUUUUUGUGCCAACACUCAUUGUGCAGAAAGGACAGAUAGUUCCACUCGAUUUGGAUUUGUUAAUUCACGUGAUGCCUUUUGCUUCUCUUGUCAUUGACUACCUCUUCUUCUGCGAAAGAUGGAACAUUGGAGCAUCAACUGGACUUGCCGUGAUGUUGGGAUUUGCGUUCGCUUACUGGAAAUGGCUCGAACAUCUUAUUGGAUUAGAUGGUGUCUAUCCUUAUCCUUUCUUAAAUGUUCCAGUUCCUCAAAGAGCUGUCAUCUUUGCAGUUGUUGGGCUCUGCGCUUAUGGUGCAUUUCUCCUCUUCAAAUAUAUUCAUCCAGCUUCAACAAAGUCUUCCCGUGUCCACAAAAAAAUUAACUAA